AUGCCAACCAGAUCUGUCGAACACAAUCGCUUGCCUUCGCGCAGUAGCAAUGGCCCGGAUCGCUCGGGUCCCGAGAUAUGGAUCAGUGCUAUUUCGCGCCUGCAAGCGCAAGUCACAUACAACACCGGGAUGAUCGAUGGUCAUCGUCGUCAAUUUCAGGAGCUCGAAAAUAACAUCAACCGGCUACAUCAUGACAUUGGCGGUAUCGCGGCUACACUGGAUCGCGUCACCAGCGAGAUGCGCUCAACUCGGUCGGCGCCUGAAGGUCGACCAGAUUCGGGCGAUCUAGAAAUCCUAACAUCGCAGGUGACUCGACUUUCACAUAAGGUCAACGAAGUGGAUGCGUUGGGGAUGGCUUUGGAAUUGCUGAAGAAUCGGAUUCGGAAAUGCGAAGAAGUCACG